AUGCUUUCAACUCCACUGACUCCUCCUUAUGGAGAUUCGACAGAUAAUAUCGAGAAUGGCUCGUCCAAUGGCCGCAUGUUGACGGGCGGAUCGAACUCUUCCUAUACAAAUCAAUCAUUUGCGCUUGCAACUCCGACGAGUAAUUCGAGUAUGAUGUUCAACGAAUCUAGCGAAGAAUAUACACCAGGGGGUCGCUCCUUCUCCGAGGAUAUGAUGGAAGAAUCCGAUCAGGAUAUGUCUGAUGGAGGAGCGCCCUUGACAACAAUGCCAUCGCAUGCAGAAGAACCCACCACUGAUAUGGAUCCAGGAGAUUCUGAAAAUAUAUACAAUAAUGAUCCGGUAGCACUACACAAUGACUCUCAGUACCAAUCCUCGGCCAACCCAUUCUAUACUCAAAGUUUCUUGGAAGAAUUUGAUGUGCCAUCGGAACUAGGAGGUAGCUUAUACCCAUACGGGGCCUAUGUUCCUUUACCUUUACCUGAAGCCAUUGACACCACCGAUUUGCCAGCUGUCAUGUCAGAGGUUUCGCAACAACUACAACACAUUCAGGAUGGGCAAGAGCAUGGAGAUUCUGAAUCGGCCCCAGAUGAACAUCAUGAUAUGUUCAUAAAUCACAAUCAGAUUGACAGCCAAUCUAAUAUGAACUUCGGCGUCUUUCUUGGCGACUGGGCAACAUCUUUUGCUCGCAGAGGCACAAACAAUUCGAAGCCUUCACAGGCCGCUAUCACUGCUCAUAUACUUGCCGAUGAUUUUGAGCCAAUGCGGAGAUGCGACCUUCAAGGGGAGGAAUGUGACAUUCAGAGAAUUGAUUGGACAGACUUGGGGGUCACACGAUUGGAGGCUAGACAAAGACGUCGGGCCACUUACAAAAACUAUACCAACCUUGUAUACCCCAAUCGUCCACAGCUCAAUCCCCGGCAACUACAUGGCACAAGACUUAGAAAUGUUGAUAAUUAUUUCAAAUUCCGCCAAAUGGAUUUUCAACACGACGUCCACAUUCGACACUUUCAAUUGCGCAACUUAAUUACCUGCCCCUCACAAAAUUGUGUAAUAUACGCCGCAAAGACGAAGGUGUUGUAUUAUGACCCUACCUUUGAAUCGACUCCUCGCGUGUUAAUGGAUCUUGGCAAUCCAAGGACGCAGUCAUAUCAUUCUUCCUUGAAUGGGUGUCAAGUUUCCACUCUCACUAGUGGCCACGAGAUCGUUGUUGCAGGUGGAUUUGAGGGGCAAUACGCAUUGAUUAGCACUAGGGUUCAAAAGGAUGCGAAACAUACUGAAGGCGUGAUUACAGAGCACCCAAAUGAUAUCACAAAUCAUGCCCAAGUUCAUCUGUCAAGGUCUUCCUCGCCUCUGAUUACCUUUGCAUCAAACGACUCUGGCAUUAGGACUCUCGACGUCACAACCAACAAGUUUAUUUCGGAGCAUAUGUAUGAUCAUGCUAUGAACUGCACAGCUGUAUCACCCGAUCGACGUCUACGUGUACUGGUCGGUGACACUCGAAAGGUUAUGAUCUGCAAUUCCGAAACAGGGCAAACUUUACAAGAGCUUGAGGGUCAUCUUGACUUUGGCUUCGCGUGUGAUUGGUCUGAAGAUGGAUGGACGGUAGCGACUGGAAAUCAAGACAUGCAAGUUAAGAUUUGGGAUGCUCGCUAUUGGAAUCGACCUGUAGUGAGUAUUGCUGCAGAUAUGGCUGGUGUCAGGAAACUCAAGUUUUCUCCUUUGGGCUCUGGUAGGCCAAUUCUGGUCGCAGCGGAACCAGCAGACUAUGUCAACAUCAUAAAUGCCGAAACGUUCGAUAGUAAACAGACUCUCAGCUUCUUCGGAGAGGUUGGAGGCUUCGACUUUACUAACGAUGGCCAAGAGCUGGUUGUUGCAAAUUGCGACACCUUGAGGGGUGGGAUAAUCGAAUAUGAACGUUGCGAUUUUGCUACCGAAGGUCUGUGUGGGAAGGAUGAGCAACUGAGAAAUAUGAUGGAAGAUGACGAAAGUAGAUAUAUGAUGGCUGGGAGGAAGCGGAAUUAUGGCACCAGUCAUCUGGCUGAAGAACUUCUAGAGGAGUCACCAGCCCUUCGAGGUACUACGAAGCGCCGAGAAAGAAGAGCAGCUCUUCUAACCAACUUGGGAUCAUUCUAA